AAGAUGCUAUUGUCGUGGUCUAUAACUUAUAUUUUUUAUAGUUAAAUUAAAGGUCAAAGUUUGACCUAAAUACAAGGGGGGCUAAUACAUCAGGAUGGAGGUAGUAAUUGUUAGCAGUUGGCUAUUGAUAUGCUAUACUGAUUACUGACCAAACAACAUGUAGAUUCUUUUUGACACCAAAUGUAAUUUUGAAUUUGUUUACUUUUUUUUAUUUUGACUGUUCAUAUGGGUGCAUUUCAGCUUGGGGUUAGGAGGACACUUUUGGUGUUGAUGCCUCUCUCCACUUCUCUCUGUACCUUUUCACCUAUACGGUCCCUUCAUGUGUAGAAAUCGUUUGUCACUUCAUCUCCUUUUCCAUUCUCUGUGAACAAAGGAAUCGUUGGUUUACAUAUAAGACAAGCCAACAAAAACGAUAGGAGGAAGGGAGAUAUUAUUACAAUGCAGUAAAGUAAAAAAAAAUUGACAUCCAUCACGCCAUAGGUAUUUCUCAGCACAAGCAGCUACUCCAGUACUUAUAAGCUAAGGCAUUGGGUCUCUCAUCUGCAGUCUGCCCCCCUCUUGGAGACAAGCAAGAACAUCUGCAAACUAAAAGAAAGAAGGGAUGGUGAAGAAGGGGAAGUGGUCCAGGGAAGAGGAUGACUUGAUGAGAAGACACAUUGUGAAGUAUGGCGUCGGCCGUAGUUGGCAGGCAUUGGCUGAAACCCUAGGGCUUCAGCGUUGCGGCCGGAGCUGCCGGGCGCGCUGGCUGAACUACCUCCGGCCGGGACUGAAGCACGGCAACUUCACGCCGGCAGAGGAGAGCAUCAUCUGCGAGAUGUACAGCAAGAGGGGAAGCUGCUGGUCCGUCAUCGCCGCCCAGCUCCCCGGGAGAACGGACCUCGCCGUCAAGAACUACUGGAACGGCACCAUCUCCAAGAGGCACCGCCCCUCCUCCAGCACGACGUCGGACGCCACCAAGCCGGAGGAGCUCGCGCUGGUCGUCCACGACGAGGAGAGCUCCACGACAGGAUCGCCAUGCCAUGCCGCCGGCAGCUUCGUGGUCGCCCCCGUCCUGGCCGGCUCAUCGACGCCCGUGCAAGGGCAGCCGCCGCUGGCUGUCGGCGGCUGCAACGCGGCCAAAGAAGAGGUCGGUGAAACGGUGCCGGUUGAGAGGAAGCCGGCCAUGGCGCCCGCGCCAUUGCCAGAGAAUGCACCGGCGCCGCCUGGUGACGAGGCCAGUGCGAUGGACAUGGUCUGCGCCCCCAUGUCUCGCAUCCCCCAGGCGUCCAUGGAGCCGGACGACAUGCCUUUGAUUGACGGUUUCGACGAGAUCGACAGCUUCCUGCCCUGGUUCGAUGACUGGUAAUCAAGUGGCAACGUAGGUAGAAUGGUUAUCGUCAAUGGCUGUACUGUGAAACAUUUACCGUGUUGUUUUUCGAAAAAGAUUUACCAUGUUGGUAGGGUUUGACGGAUAUAUGAAAAGAAAGGUACAUUCCCAAUCUAAUCAUAACUGGGCGUAGCCAUUCUGUUGAUGUGAA